AUGGCAUCUAUAAACCUCGUUUACACACAACUUAGCGCACAACAAGCCUUGCUCCAAGCACAAGCUAACCAGUCGGCAUUUGUUACCCCACCGCAACGGUCUCUUAGUACACACACGACUCAGCAGAUCAAUGCGUGGAAUUUACGCCCGGAGAAAGGACCUGUGCCAAACAUCAGAAAGCCAAGCGCGCACGACACGCGAGACACUUAUGGCGAAACAGAAAGCAAUUAUGUCCAAAACCCGCAAAGAAGGCCAAUUCAAAGCCAUUUGGGCGCGCGCAACAUGAACACUGAAUGGGACGAUGGAGAAGACGACCCAACAUACAAAGGGGAAAGCACAGUAUUCAGCAGAUUACAUCCAGAACAUGAAUCAUACAAACCAGCAAAACGCGUAGGAGACAACCCAAAGGCAGAGCAUGACUACACUCUGAGCUAUCGUCCAUACGAUAUGGCUAAAAAUUCAAAAUUCAUUAAGGAAAUUGCCACGGCUGCUAUAGACAAAACAAAAUUGCCGCACAACGUGGGCAAAUACAACGGCUUGACAGACCCGGAUGAUCAUCUCCAAGUUUUUAAUGGCGCGGGAGCAACAGGAGGAUGGAAUUUACCAACUUGGUGCCAUCUCUUUGCUCAAACAUUUGUGGGCGCAGCACGCAUUUGGUUCGACAGCCUGCCAGCAGGAAGAAUCAAAUCAUGGAUCGACUUUCGAGAGAAGUUUCUCGCGCAUUUCUCUCAGCAACGCAGAAACACUAGAGAUCCAGCUGAUUGUUUAAACAUAUGGCGCAAGGACCACGAAAGCGUGGAAGAUUUCAUCACUAGAUAUAACAAAGAAUGUCUGGAAAUCGGUGAUGUAGGCGAGAAAAUGAUGCACGUGCACUUCAUGAGAGCAGUCAAAUGUGACGACCUAAUCAAGCGGGUAAAGGGAAGAGAUGGAGGACCCAAAGAUUGGGAAACCUUUAUUGAAGCCGCUAAGACCAUUGCACAAACCGACAAACAGCUGACCGGUGAUGAUCACCGUCAGCGCGGAUAUAACCACAAUGACCGGCACAACAAAAAGGGCAGAAGCCAACCAUGGAAAGCGUCCGGUCAUAGAGAAAGAAGCCCAGCAAGGGAGGAUGCGCGCCACACAAUCAAUCACAUAGCCCACCGGAAAGAGGAACAAUGUUUCAAUCAAUUCGACCAAGUCGACAAGACGCGCUUAGAACCAGUCGAUUACCCACUCACUGGCUUCUACAAUGAGGCCGUCUUUCCUUUCGGACAAAUAUCGUUUCCGGUGUUACUCUCGGAUGGAAGAAAUUCAAGAACCGAAGAAGUCACAUUUAUGGUGUUACCCGCGCACUCAAGACACGAUAUCCUCCUAGGAAGAGAGUCUCAAGGAGAUUUCAGUAUGAUUUGCUCAGGUCCACAUUCAGCGGUAGGAUUCCCAACAGAAACGGGGGUAGCAAUAAUAUACGCAAGCAAAGAAGUCUUAGCAACAGAUGAGGUCAGACUUGCAAAAGCAAGUAAGCCAGCACCACGCACAGAAGCAGAAAAAUGGGUAUUGAACAGCGCAUACCUAGAGCAAACAGUUACCUUAGGACCCGCAAUGUCUGAUCUAACACGCGCAACACUAAAAAAGCUUCUGUUCCAAAACAUGGAUGUGUUUGCCUGGACACCAGCUGACAUGGUGGGAGUUCCAUGGAACAUAGCAGAACAUCGACUAAACGUCUCAGAAGAAGCAAAACCGGUGGUGCAUGCCAAGCGCCACUUGGGAGAUAUAAAGCACGAUGCUAUGAAAGAACAGGUGAUGGAGUUGUUAAAUGUGGGAAUCAUCAGAGAAGUCAGAUACCAAACAUGGGUAGCAAGCCCGGUAAUGGUACAGAAGCCAAAUGGUAGUUGGAGAAUGUGUGUCGAUUACAAGGAUUUAAACAAAGCAUGUCCGCGUGACUGUUACGCUUUACCAGACAUUGAUGAAAAAAUCGACUCACUGGCAACAUUCAGAUGGAAGUGCUUCCUUGACUGCUACAAAGGGUACUACCAAGUCCAAAUGGCCAUCCAAGACGAAGAUAAAACCGCAUUCCGCACACCGACAGGGCUAUACUGUUACACCAAAAUGCCUUUCGGUUUAAAGAAUGCAGGGGCCACUUACCAAAGAUUGAUGAAUGAAACGUUCAAAGACGCCAUCGGCAACUACAUAGAAGUAUACAUGGACGAGUUAGUGAUUAUGAGCAAAGAAGAAAGUUUGAUGCUGGUAAAUAUCCAGAAGACAUUUGACACGCUGCGCGGUGUGAGUAUCAAGCUGAACCCAGCGAAAUGUUCUUUCGGCAUGGAAGAAGGGAAAUUCCUGGGCUUCAUCGUUACAAAAGAUGGUUUCAAAGUGAAUCCUGAGAAAGUUCAAGCAAUCGAAAGAAUGCCUUCCCCAUCAACCAUGAAAGAGAUGCAAAAAUUGGCAGGACGCCUAGCAGCACUGAAUCGCUUCCUGGCCAAUCACGCAGCUAAGUCUUUCCCGUUCAUCAAAACACUCCGUAAUUGCAUGAAGAAAAGCCAGUUUCAGUGUACUCCGGAAGCUGAGAGCGCAUUCCGCGAGAUGAAAGAUUGCCUCAUCAAAUUGUCAACGUUGACUGCACCAAUCAAGGGGGAACCUUUGGUGCUAUAUUUAUCAGCUUCUGACAGAGCAGUGGGAGCAGUGUUACUCGUUGAUCGUCAAGGUGUCCAAACACCAGUUUACUAUGUGUCCCGAACCUUGACCGACCCAGAAACUCGGUACGCCAUCAUGGAGAAACUAGUACUUGCAUUGAUCCGUGCGUCAAGACGGCUGCGAAUGUACUUUGCUAACCACGUCAUCCACGUGUUAACAAACUACAACAUCAGCAACAUCUUCACAAGACCACAAAUUUCAGGAAGACUAGCGAAAUGGGCAAUAGAACUUGGAGGCCAUAAUGUGGUCUUCAGGCCAAGACCAGCUAUCAAGGGCCAAGUGCUAGCAGACUUCAUGACAGAAGUGCCUGACGACAAGGAUCGAGAAUGUAAGGCAAUGGAAAAAGCUGAGAAACAGCAAGUAGAAGAACCGUGGCUACUAUACACAGACGGCGCGUCUAACGAAGAUGGCGCAGAUGCAGGGCUUCGACUGGUGAGCCCUGAUAAUCACGAAUUCACCUACGCCAUACGUUUGGAUUUCAAAAGCACGAACAAUGAAGCCGAAUAUGAAGCUUUCCUUGCUGGUUUAAGAUUAGCAAUCAAAAUGGGGGUCAAACACAUCGAGGCGCUCGUAGACUCCAUGUUAGUAGCCGGGCAAAUCAAUGGACAAUAUGAGGCCAAAGGAGAUCUAAUGGCCCUGUACCUGAAUCAAGCAAAGACAUUGCUGCAAACCUUCUAUUCCUACAAGGUGCACCACAUCAACAGAAGCGAGAACAAACCGGCAGACACACUAAGUAAGCUCGCAUCAACAAGUUUUCAGCACCUAGCAAAGGACGUGCGCAUAGAAGUUUUGAGUAACCCAUCAGUGCCGCUAAGGGAAGUAAGCGUCAUCCAAGUAGGAACAAUGUCAUGGAUGACUCCAAUAAUCACAUACCUUCGAUCCGGGAUACUCCCGGAGAACAAAGCUGAAGCGAGGAAAAUCCAGUACAAAGCUGAACAUUAUCAGAUGGCUGAUGGAAUUUUAUACCGAAAGUCAUACCUUGGGCCGUUGUUGAGAUGUGUUGACCCCGAAGACGCGAACUAUUUGAUCAGAGAAAUACACGAAGGAAUCUGUGGUAUACACGCCGGGCCGAGAAUGGUGGUGGCAAAAGUGAUGAACGUCGGGUACUACUGGCCCGGGAUGCAUUUAGACGCGUGGGGAAUAGAUAUGGUUGGCCCUUUCCCCGAAGCCCCAGGCGCUGUCAAAUUCAUAAUAGUCGCAGUCGACGGUUUCACAAAGUGGGUAGAGGCAAAGGCACUUGCAUCGACCACCUCCACUGUCGUUAAAAGAUUCAUAUGGGAACAAAUCAUAUGCCGAUUCGGGUUGCCACUCAAAAUCUUCACCGACAACGGAACAAACUUUGCCGCAGACGAUCUUCAACAAUGGUUCAGAGAAUUACACAUUGAGCACACCUUCUCAUCGGUCGCGCACCCGCAGGGGAAUGGUCAAGUGGAAGCAGUUAACAAGAGCAUUGUUGAUGGUAUCAAGGCAAGAUUGGGAGAAAAAAAAAGAGGCUGGGUUGACGAACUACCCAGCAUAUUAUGGGCCCACAUAACAAUGCCGAAGACAAGCAACGGAGAAACACCGUUCAGCUAA